AUCAUCCCUCACGCAGGCCCGACGCUUUUCAUAUAUAAAGCGGCCUCCCCAGGGACAUCGUCAAUAGUUGAAAUUCGCGUAUUCUCCGUACGGACACUGUCGUCCGAGCGAUCAAUCAAUCGAUUAAUUGUAGCCAGAUCAAUUGAGAGAUCGAGAAAUCGUCGCGAAACCUGUCGCGAGUCAGCGUGCGAUGAAAGAAUUCCGAGAAGAAGAAGAAUUUGGGAAAAAGAUAUAAGGGAAAAAAAAUCGAGUCACAUUUAGUGGCUAUUAGUUGAUUCGUGAAGUACAAUCUUGCGGGGGAUAACGACGACGACGAAUGAGAUUGUGAAAACGUGCAUCAUGGCGAAUCAUCAUCCGUCGUACGACUUUGAGGACAGGAGCCAGAGGAUCCGCCAUCGGGUCGGCACCGCGUCGAGACCAGCAGAUUCCACUGUGGCUUGUACCAGUACUCAAUAUUACGUGGGGCACAAUAGCGAUAUCACUGAAGAAGAUUUGGCAGAAUUACCUUCAUGCGUUUAUGCGGGCAGGUCCACGCAGCAUGUCACGCACACAUCGCCACAUACACAUUCUCCUUUGCACUAUCACAUGCCAGUUUCAACGCCAGAUCACGACGCAGAAAUGAACGGCGUAGAAGAGGGUUAUUAUCCAAACGGUAGUCCUUAUAGAAUUCAAAGACACGCAGCUAAUAUUCGUGAGAGAAAACGUAUGCUGAGCAGCAUCAACUCGGCUUUCGACGAGCUCCGGGUCCACGUGCCGACCUUUCCUUACGAAAAGAGGCUGUCGAAGAUCGACACCUUGCGCCUGGCCAUAGCAUACAUCGCACUCUUGCGCGAGGUUCUGGCGGCGAGGCUUGAUCCUUUGACGUACGUUGAGAGGUGCCUUAGGGGUGAGAUAAACGGCGAACGCGCCGAAUGGAACACGAGCGAUCUGACGGCACGCUUGUCCUGGAUAAAUUGGGAAAAUUUAGGAGUGAACCCGAACCGUCGAUCGGUGCUUACCACCCUCGCGCUGACAACCGACAAUAUGAAUUGAAUACUCUAACGAGGCACGCUUUGGCGACACUUCUUUUCUUUGUAAAUACCUUUACGCCGAGACAGGGAGAGGGAGAGAAGAGAGGAAAAUGCUAAACGCCUUUCCGCGAUCUCGGUUUUAGUUUCAUGUGCAAUACGAAUAUUGUAUUCAAUAUCUACGUGUACAUGUAAAAGAACUAGCUAGUAUAAUUUAGUAUUUGCUUUGAAAUAAAAUCGAUGCUACUCGAGA